AUGGGCGGCAACCAGGCCAAGGUCUUCCAGAAGCCGAAUGCGGAACGGAAGAAGCUCAACGACGAGUUGCUUCGCAAGAGGGAGGAGAAGCGUAAAGCCCGGGGGAAUGAGUCGGACUCAUCGGACCUCAACAUCAAGUCGGAAAGCAUCUUGACUUGGGAAGAUCUCUGCUAUGAAGUCCCUGUCCCCGGCGGUACUCGUCAACUACUCGACCACGUCUAUGGUUACGUCAAACCCGGCCAGCUCACUGCCUUGAUGGGUGCUUCCGGCGCGGGCAAGACCACGUUGCUCGACGUACUCGCUGCUCGAAAGAACAUUGGUGUCAUCCGCGGCGACAUCCUGGUGGAUGGCACUAAGCCGGGCAAGGAAUUCCAGCGCGGUACCUCCUACGCCGAGCAGCUCGACGUCCACGAUCCUACCCAGACCAUCCGCGAGGCUCUCCGAUUUUCCGCCGACCUACGCCAGCCGUACGAAACGUCUCGCGAAGAAAAGUACCGCUACGUCGAGGAGAUCAUUGCUCUUCUCGAAAUGGAGACCUUUGCCGAUGCUGUCAUUGGUUCGCCCGAGGCUGGUCUGACAGUUGAGCAGCGGAAACGAGUUACCAUUGGUGUGGAAUUGGCGGCCAAGCCGGAGCUUCUCCUCUUCCUCGAUGAGCCGACGUCGGGUCUCGACAGCCAGAGCGCUUUCAACAUCGUCCGCUUCUUGAAGAAGCUCGCUGCUGCGGGCCAGGCCAUUCUGUGCACGAUCCACCAGCCGAACGCUGCUCUUUUCGAGAACUUUGACCGCCUAUUGCUGCUGAAGUCCGGUGGACGCUGCGUCUACUUUGGCGAUAUCGGCAAGGAUGCUUACAUUCUCAGAGACUACCUGAAGAGCCACGGCGCUGAGCCCAAGGCGACGGACAAUGUCGCCGAGUUCAUGCUCGAAGCCAUUGGCGCUGGCAGCUCCCCCCGUAUUGGUAACCGCGAUUGGGCCGAUAUCUGGGCCGACAGCCCCGAACUCGCCAACAUCAAGGACGAAAUUUCGCAGAUGAAGGAGCAACGCAAGGCAGCGGGUGCCCAGCGGAACCCUGACCUCGAUAAGGAAUACGCCUCGCCGUUCUGGCACCAGGUCCGGGUUGUGGUGCGCAGAGCCAACCUGGCCCAUUGGCGGACGCCCAACUACCUGUUCACGCGCCUCUUCAACCACUUCGUCAUCGCCCUUCUCACCGGUCUGACCUACCUUAAUCUCGACAACUCGAGGCAGUCCCUCCAGUACAAGGUCUUCGUGAUGUUCCAGGUCACAGUCCUGCCUGCCCUCAUCAUCUCGCAGAUCGAGGUCAUGUACCACGUCAAGCGCGCUCUGUUCUUCCGCGAGCAGUCGUCCAAGAUGUACAGCUCCUUCGUUUUCUCGACGUCUCUCUUGGUAGCCGAGAUGCCGUACAGCAUCCUGUGCGCCGUCUCCUUCUUCCUGCCCCUCUACUACAUGCCAGGCCUCCAGACCGAGGCCUCCCGCGCGGGCUACCAGUUCUUCAUCAUCCUCAUCACCGAGAUCUUCUCGGUCACCCUCGGCCAGGCGCUCUCGGCUCUCACGCCCUCACUCUUCAUCUCGUCGCAGUUCGACCCCUUCAUCUUCGUCACCUUCUCCCUCUUCUGCGGCGUGACCAUCCCGGCGCCCCAGAUGCCCGCGGGCUACCGCACCUGGCUGUACGAGCUCAACCCCUUCACGCGCCUCAUCAGCGGCAUGGUGGUCACGGCGCUGCACGACGUGCCCGUGCAGUGCGCCCCGGCCGAGCUCAACCGCUUCACCGCGCCCAGCGGCACCACCUGCGGCGAGUACAUGCAGCCCUUCUUCGAGCGCGGCGGGCCGGGCUACCUGGUCCGCAACGCCACCCAGGCGUGUGAGUACUGCGCGUUCAAGAUCGGUGAUGAGUUUUAUGGUCCGCUGGGCCUGAGCUUUGAUCAUCGGUGGAGGGACCUGGGGAUUUAUGUUGUGUAUAUUUUGAGUAACUUGGUCAUUCUGUUUGUUGCUGUAAGUUGUCUCCUCGUGGUGUUCUCCGGGUUGUCGUUGUUGCUAACUUCUUUUUCAGAGCCGAUUCUUGAACUACAACAAGCGGUAAACUGGUGGGUUACUCACAGCGGCAGCGAGAAUUCUUUUAGGUAG